AUGCCCGCUCACGAGAUGGUGGUCGAGAAAGAGAAAUUGUCUUCGGAGGUGUAUGAAGAGAAUGUCCAUCCCGACCCUUAUCGAGCGGCCGCCAAACUCGACGACGGCACCGUCGAAGAGACUACUCCCUCUAUCGACCGGAAGGCCGAGAGAAAACUCGUCCGCAAACAGGAUCUGACCAUUCUUCCUCUGCUCGGUCUCGGCUACAUGAUGGGUGUUUUGGAUCGAAGCAAUAUCGGCAAUGCACGCCUCAUGGGAAUUCAGAAGGACCUCAAACUGAGCGACCACCAAUAUUUUCAGAUCCUCAUGGUGACCUAUAUUGGCUUUCUCGUCCUUCAGACGCCUGGGGCCCUCCUGAUGAAGAUUCUCGCCCCUCGCUGGGUCCUCGGCGGCUCCAUCACCAUGUUCGGCCUCGUCGCCGCUCUGUUCUCGGUGUCGCGGAACUUCGCCGACCUGAUUGGCCUUCGUCUGCUUCUGGGUUUUGGAGAGGCCAUCGUGCCUCUGUCGUUCUUGUAUAUCAGCAUGUGGUACAAGCAUGACGAAUUGGCGCUGAGAGGCUGUUUAAUCUACUGGUCGACCAGCAUCGCCAGUUUCGCUGGGGGACUGAUCGCAUACGGUGUCCAGAAGAACAUUGGCGAUGCCCGUGGCAUUGCCUCUUGGAAAUGGUUGUUCAUCGUUGAGGGUGCUCCCACCAUCGCUGUUGGGCUCGCCAUCAUGAUCAUCUUGCCCAGCUAUCCAGACAAGGUGGUUGAAGACGGACAUUUCUUGUUCAAACGCUCCGAGAAUGAACUUCUCCUGGCGCGAAUCCGGGCCAGCCAGAACACAGCCGGCGAAAAGGUGGUGCCUCGCCAGAUUUGGAUGGCGGUCACAGAUCCAAAGACGUAUCUAGGUUCUCUGAUGCUCUCGGCUGUCGGGCUGAGCGCGGCUGCAUUCGCCGUCUUCCUGCCGACCUUCAUCAAUGCGUUUGGUUUCGACCGCCUCACAUCCCAGCUCUACACCAUCAUUCCCUACAGCUUUGCCGUGGUGUCGAUGCCCGUGUCGUGCUGGCUGUCCGACCGCUACCAACAGCGGGGCAUCGCCAUGGCGGCCUGUCUUGGUUGCUGCCUCGCCGGUGUCAUCAUCAUCUUGGCCUCGAACAGUGCGACCGUGUCCAUCGUGGGCACCUGUUUUGUCGCUGCGGGCACAUACUCGGGCAACCCCAUCGCCGUCGCCUGGAUCAGCACGAUUCACGGCGGCUACACCAAGAGGAGCACGGUUUACGGGAUCCAGCAGGUCUUCAUCAACAGCUUCAUCAUCAUGUCUACCCAGGUCUUUGACACCCCACCCAAGUUCUACAAAGGCAACGGUAUCUUGCUGGGUAUCUUUGCUGUCGCCUUCGCCUCGACGGCAAUUCUGUAUUUUUGGCUGAGAGCCGAGAACCGCAAGCGUGACCGCACGGCCCAGGCGCGCCUCGACGGGACCGCACCGCCGCUUCCCGACGACAUUGGCGAUUUUGAGACCCUCUGUGAUUAUCACCCGGACUGGAGAUAUCCGCUCUGA